AUGAUCAGGAUGAAGAAGUUCUCAAAGUUAUUUCUAACCGAGUCGUUCCUCAUCUCCUUUGUUAGCAACAUUGACUUGAAAGAGAAAAAGAGUGAAAGAAUUGGGACAGCACCAGACCAAGUAACAUGCCAUCCCUUUUCAUCCACCCCCUUUAGAGAGAGAGAGAGAGGAACUUCACAUAGAAAUAGUAAUACAAAAGAUUUUUUUGCUUUUGUUGAAACAGAUUACUGCCUAUCAGGUGAGUUAGUUAUAUUUAUAACUAGAUUAGAAGAAAGACAAUUUCGCGAGAUCACAAUCGCAUCGAUCGAUUUUUCAAAUAAGAAAGCAGGUGCAUGUUGUUAUUGUUGGAUAGAACCCCAACACUUGUCUGUUUUAUUAUCAUCAUUAUUAUUACUUUCAUCUCAAGAGACAACCUUUAAUCCAAUCCAAUUCAAUAUUCAAUAUUCAAUUCGAUUAGACAGACAGCUCUGUUGUCUAUUUUAA